AUGGGCGUGCCAGGCCUCUGGGACCUUUUGCGUCCCGCAGCGGUCCGGUCGUCCCUCCAGUCACUUGCCAGAGAGGCCUUCCUCGCCAACCGCAACGGCCUGCGAGCCUACACCAUUGGCAUCGAUGCCUCCAUCUGGAUCUUUCACGCCCAACAGACACAUGCGGGCUCCAACCCUUUCCUUCGUACCUUGUUCUUCAAGAUCGCCCAGCUGCUGCAGCACCCCGUGUUGCCAGUCUUCGUAUUCGGUGAGCAGCUAAAUUUGGGGACCACAGCUGACUUGAAAGACGGACCAAACAAGCCGGUCCUGAAGCGCGGCCGCAACAUCCGUGGCCGGUUUGGUGUCAACGACGCCUACAGCAAGCGCUUCAAGGAGCUCCUCGACGCUUGUGGCCUUGAAUGGUGGAAUGCUCCGGGCGAAGCAGAGGCCGAACUUGCUCUCAUGAACCGACAAGGGAAGAUUGACGCAGUGCUCUCAGACGACGUGGACGCCCUGUUGUUUGGCGCCACGUGUAUUCUGAGAAACAACUCGCCGACAUUGUCUGGAUCUAUGGCGACCAGACCUGGUGGUCCCAAAUUCGACCCACGCCACUACGAAGUUUACCGGGCCUCUAGCAUUUGUGCUGAAUGGUCCAAAGAGGACUCUGCCCUGCGCACGGAGGAGGACUGCCGCAUGGCCAUGGUCCUCAUCGGUCUGUUCAGCGGUGGAGACUACAACCCAGAUGGCGUGGCCAAUAUUGGACCGACCAUUGCCAUGGGCCUUGCCCACGCCGGCUAUUCGGAUGUCCUAAAGCUGUACAACACCCAACCUCGGACUUUUGCCCAGGAGAUUGUUGACGUCCACGGCCGCAUGAUCGAGGAGCUUCGCACCAACAACUCGACAUUUAUUGGACGCAAGAACCCCGCGCGUGCCGACAAGUUGGCCGAUCAGACUCCAGAGGAUGUCUUCCCCUCGUUCCCUCUCGAGUCUUACCUCAAGCCUGUGAUCAGCUCCGAGGAGCCGGGUCAUGGGUGGCCCGGGUUUGGUCUCGGUGAAGCGUCCUCGACUCGCGGCAAGGCCCGGUACGGUGGUCGUUGGCACUUGGAGAGCGCCGCGCGAGCCUGUGAACAGUACUUUGAAUGGGCCACACCGGACGGAGUGUGUAAAAAGUUUGCGGUCGAAAGGAGUUUGUUCUGUGGCGAGAUUGUUCAUGAGGCGCGUGAGCGUGUCAUGAAGCAAGCAAUCGCUAGUCGCCGACACUCCAACGGUGACGGUGGAGUCGACGGCAUUACCUCCCAUUUUGCCAACAUUACGAUUCGCAGCGCCAGCACUUCUGCAGAGCCUCCGUCUGACCUCUCCACGGAGGUCCCGGCCCACUUGCUCAGGAUCCACUCGGCACGCGAUUCUCCUCACUCGGACGACAUGGUCGAGUAUCGCCUGGGCUUUAAGCCAGACGCAUACAUUGAACGCUGCCACGACGCAAUGGACGGACUUCGCCGGGACCCUGUUACAAUGUCGCCUAACAGUCGCGGAAACCUGGGUCUUGUUGACCGAGAGGCUACCGAUGCCGAGGUGUUUACGGCCAAAGACGAAAUUAGGACCUGGAUUCCGGAGUACCUCGUACUCGCCGCCUGGCCUGCGUUGAUUGACGUCUACAAAGGGGAGGAAGCUGCUAAGGCUGCAGUAGCAGCCCAUGAAGCAGCGCAAAAGGCGGAGCGCAAGGCUGAGAAGGAGGCAAAGAAGGCAGCAAAGGAAGCAGAGUUGGAGGCAAAGCGACUGGCGAGAGAGGCAAAGCUACUGGAGCGGGAAGCAAAGAAGGGCCAUGGCCGUUCUCCAAAGAAGAAACAGGCUGUCACAACCGAGAAUGCCGAGGCCUUCCGCCAGUUCUUCAUAAGCAGCCCCGCCAAGGCGCCUGCAAAAGCUGUACCCACAUUGUCCCCUCCGACAUCGCCUUCACCGAUCGUUGCGCCAGCUCCAGUCCGUGUCCAUGCCGCCAGCAUCCUUGCCCCAGUCUCGUCCUCUCCGCCACUCCCUACAUCGCACCUCGACGAGGUCUCUAAGCGGUCGCUUUCAGCAGUUUCUGCUAGCACGCGUGAAGCUACACCCGACGCUGUUUCUGGUCGGUCACCGCGUCGCCAACCGAACAAGAUCACUCGCAUUAAGAAACCCUCGACGCCGGUGUUGGGCAAGUCCGCGACGAGUGGCAACGCAGACGACCCGAUCGAUUUGUGCGACUCGGACAGCGAGCCGACACCGAAACCCCGGCGCACUGUUGGCCGUCCUCGCCGCUCGCCUUCGCCCAAGGGCGUCCAAGCGUCUGCAGCGGACAACGUCACUGCUGUUGCGUCUUCUCCGGCCCCGCCCAAGGAAUCGUCUCCCAAGAAGACUUUGGUCAAGAAGACUCCGCCCAAGCGUAGCCCAGGCCGGUCGCGCAAGUCUACCCCGGCUAUCGAAACCACUGCGUCCCCCAAACGGGGACCCGGAAGGCCCCGGACGACAACUUUGUUUUCGCCUCAGGUUGUGGAGAAUAUCGAGCAGCCUUCGUCACCAGAGCCCACCCCCCCACCCUCUCCGACACCUGUACGCCGGUCAGUGGGCCGUCCACCCAAGACUGCCUCACCAGUCCUCUCAGCAUCGCCAGCACCUGCCAGGCGCAGCCCUGGCCGUCCCAGGAAGCAAAUACCGGCGUCCCCCACGGACACUACCCAAACCAUUCUCGACUCUCUCAUCGUUGCACGACCACGCAAGGUCAGGACCACAAAAACAGCCACGCCACGCUCCAAAUUCACUGUUGAAGUCGACGAAAAGGGUGUAGAGCGCAUAUACGUCGGCAAGGCGCGGCCCGAGGUAUGA